UCUUUUCUUUCACUGCAACGUAACACAAACUCCCUUGUUUGUUCUUUUGCUUCUUUUUCUCCUUUAAAAUCCAAACUCACAAACUCACAUUCACUCAUCACUCUUUUCUUUAUCACAUCAAAGCUAUUAGAACCACCAUGUCAAAAUCCAGUACCUCUUCUUUCUCAAAAAAUGUUGGCUCUAAUUCUAACCGGUUCUACAAGUGUCCGGUUUCACAGAACAAAAAAAAUAAGCAGCAGCUGCACCAGAAGAAGGCCGAAUCCGCUAAACAGGACUCGCGUAUCAGCUGUUUAUCUGAGCCGAUAUCUCGGAGUCCUGUUAGCAUAACUAACCUCAAUACCCUCUUAUCAAUAUUCACCCCUUUCGUCCAUGUUAAAUUUUUAUCUGAGGGUGAGAGUGAAGGAAGUAGCAGUUGUGAAUCUGUGAAAAAAGCAUACUUUGAGCUUGAAGAAUUGUGGGAUUAUUAUAAAGAAUGGAGUGCUUAUGGUUUGGAGGUUCCGCUUACUCUAUUCGAAGAUGAAGCUGUGAUGCAGUACUUUGUUCCAUCUUUAUCUGGAAUUCAGUUGUAUGUUCAACAUGAUCAUCAUCAAGGCUUCGGGAAAACUGAUGAGGAAAGUGGUGACAAUGCUUCAAAGGAGACAACUAAUACGCUUGUCUUUCAAUAUUUUGAGUUCAAACGACCAUUUGAACGCCAACCUCUUAAUGAUAAGGCAAGUCCUUUUUUCAAAUCUUCCUCUUAUUUCACAUUGGAUCCUCUUUUCCCAAUUUGA